AACAUAGCUCUAUUUCAGCGCUCUCGUAUGCUGUUCGGGUAUAUUUUCAGCCUUUGUUUUGUCUUGAGAAGAAUCCAAUAGGGGCGUUGGCAUGUUAUGUAGGUUGUGGCUUUUGGAUCUUUAUAACAUAUGAAUAUCAUGCAGAGAUAUUGAUAUUGUAUCAGAGUCGGAUUUGUCCUUGUUUCAGAAAGUAGAACCCGUGUGAUGACGUCAAAACACUUCUAAGGAAUUGUUUGGAUACAACAUCAAAACAGUGAAGACCGUCGGCAUAUGAUGAAUGUUAACGUUACUUUUCAUAAUGACGUCACAUAUUCAUCAGACGAUAAAUAUUUAUUUGAUACAGACAUGGUGAUAUUGUGUUGUGACGUCGUGAUAAUUCUAGCCGCUGUACUGGGAAUUAUUGGUAAUACACUGCUCUGUGUUUGUAUUCUGAAAACUCGUUCUCUUCGGACAUUCAUCAACGCUACUUUAAUGAGCGCCUUGAUAGGUAAUUUAAUCGCGUGUGUCACUCUACUUCCGCUGCGUGUGUAUCUCUUUACAGCCUCUUUAUCAACUGUGAACUGGGCCACCAUAUGCAGCGCUGCAGUGUUUUUCAGGACUUUUUGUGACAUUUUGCAACUCUUUAUGCUCGUAAUUGUUAGUUAUGAAAGAUUCCAGUGCGUUUCGAGUCCGUUCAAAAAAGAUGGACGCGCUAAGAGAACGGCGCUUCUGAUUGGUUUGUCGUGGACUCUGGCCAGCGGAUUAAGUUUGUUAUCGGCCUUUAUCUUUGUGGAUUCGCCACUCUACGACAAGUGUCUGAUAAACACGACAUCAAACCAUUUCUCCUGGGGAACACAUGAUUUAUACUUGAUUUUUCCAUUUGGUAUUGGGACUUUAUUAAUUAUCAUUGUAUUUUAUGGUCUAAUUAUGUUUACUCUUUUCAAACAUAGAAAGAGAAUGAUAGGCCAUACUGUUCAUAGAAAAAACAAAGUAGUUCCACACAUGAUGAAUGAAGAUUUCAAAGGGGUGGAUAAAUCAUUUAGUAACACAGAUUUGUCAAGUAUCCUUCCAAGAACACCCCUUCACUUUAGCGUUACUAAUGUGGAAAAGUCAAGCAAAUAUUGUGAAACAAACCUCGACCGCAAAAACAAUACUGAUGACACACAGAAAACUGAGACGGUUCAACAUGAGAAUACAGAUAAAAAGUUGGUUACAGUAGAGCGACGUGAUAUUAAAACCACAUCUAUACUAAAACAUGAUAAACCUGUAGAUAACUAUGCUGUGAAAAAAUCGAGACUAGAUGUUGUUAAAGCACCUCAGGCAAAAUCAAAUAAUAUAGAAGAAAAUAUAAAGAAGAAUGAAUUAGGAAAUGACAAAGAAAAUGAUGAAGAAAAUAAUGAAGAAAAUAAAUUAGAAAUAAGAAGAAAUGAAAAAUGUUUGGAAGAAACAGUUGUAUCUAAAAAGGAAGAAAAUGAAAACAAACAAAUGGAAAGUCAACAAUCUCCUGAUAAAGUGUGCGAAAAUGGUUCUAGCUUAAAACAAAAUCAAGUUGCAGAUCAGACGUUAAAGGUCUUUCUCACCAACGCUACACCGUCCUGCUCCAACAAAACAACAACGUUUCAUCAACAAAAUGCAAGCGAUGGUGCUAACACUGACAGCCUUAUACAAAUAUUUGACAUUACUGGUGAGGUCAAUAGAGUUUCCAAAAAAGAAACUAACUACUCAGGUUCAGUUUGUGUAAUGAACUCGAAAAGCAAGGAACUCGGAAAACGAAAAGUAGAAGCAAGGGCGGCUAAACGUAUCGCAAUUAUGAUUGUGUUGUUUAUCUGUCUUUGGAUGCCACUUCCGCUCACUGUACUAGGAACUUGGAAUGGGAACCCGUCAAAAGCGCAGGCGCAUCUAUUGGUUGUGACUGCGACUAUUGGGAUGUGUUCGGUUGUCGUAAACCCAUUACUUCAUAGUAUUUUAAAUAGGCAGCUUCAUGCGUCAUUAAAGAGCAUGAUAAGGCGGAGGAAAUGCGGAAGUUGUCUACGUCAUAAUGACCGCUAGAGAGUGACGACAGCCAUUGAUGUGCCAUAAAAGUGAAUACCUCAUUAUAGAUCGUCAAAACAUGAUUUUACCUUUCCGGUUUGUGUUAAAUGAGUAUUAAUUGAAGUUUUAUGUUUGCUGGCUGUUUUAACUUAACUUCUAAGAAAUAUAUAUAAAGACGCCUUUAUAUCCAAAGGUUUCCGUCGUACUAAUUUUCUUCGAUCUUUUAUUUUGUCUUUUAACUUUUUCAAACGCUUUGAAAGAAAACAUCAUUAACAAAUG